AUGCUCCCAGCCGUCAGUGAUUACUUCGGCGGACCACAUAACUUAAUUCGUGGUAGUGCUCUGUUUGUACGACAUACGACCAUAUGGUUUAUUAAGUAUUAUCUUUUAUUAUAUGUGCUUUCCGAACGAGUUCGAAAUGAGUCAAUAGUUUUUAAUUGUCCCGCUAUUUCGGAAAAAUCACUGCAAGAAAUCAAGAAAUUUCGUGAAGAUCACCCUGGAAAGUUCUGUGCGUUCAGCAGUGCUAGUUUCAUUCUGCUUGCAAUUUUAGGAAAUAUUAUUUCAGGCCCACUAUUUUUUAUUCUUAUAGCUGUAUGCUUCAUAGGAAAAAAAUACUUACCUGAAAAUGUGAAAGAAGCUUGUAAUCAAUCAACAUGGUCAUCAAAUAUUAAAGAAUUUGAAGAUUUUAUACCAGAAUUAAAUGAGAAAAAUUUAGAAUUACUCAAUUAUGCACAAGAUCCAAAAUCGAAAAAUGAUUCUGAUGCAGAAUCUGAUAAAACUGAAGCAUUCUUAUUAGAUAAAACUCCAAACAUCUCAGAUACUUCCAGUGAAAGCGGUGAUGAUACAAAAUUAAUUCCUACUGAAGGCAUAGAGUUUCUUAGUGGUCAUUUCAACGGUGAUAGUAUGAUGGAAGAUGAUUAUUUUGAAAAGGGAUUGAAUUUUAAGAAAAAUGUUACAUUUGAAGAUGACACAAUAAAUAAACAAAUAAAAAUUAUAAGUGAACCUCAGAGUAAUAUUAUUUCUGAUAUUGUGACAAACGUCACAAACAUGCCAUGGAACAUAGUUUCUAAUAUGAUUACAAGUACUUCACAAUCUAGUACAAGUAAUUUACCCAAAGAAACUGUAAUCCGACAAGAAUCAGAUUCGGAUAGUGAAUUCGAAAUAUUAGAAAGUGAUGAAUUGAAUAUUACUUAAAAAAAUGUUAUUUAAGAUAUAAUGGUGCAGUGUUGUGUAUCAAAUGUGAUUUAGUCCAUUGUAAAUAUGUUUAAAUUUAGAUUAAGAAUUUUACAUAUGCUUCGUACAGAGAUGAGUGGUAUUGUUUAAUUUAUUUGAUCAUACAUGAGCAGAAUAUGUACAGAAUUAAUUUAAGAUCAGUUUUAUGACUAUUACAAACCAAAUAAAUAAAAACAGUCAAAUGGAUGUAGAGUACAU